AUGUAUUCUUCUACUUCCGGCCAUCCUGUGUGGCCGUCACAGUCUUCGCUGAACAGCCAGAAUGCUUACAUCCCAGUUCCUGCUCGCCAUUCCCUUGGUCCACAACAAACCCGUCCUCCUCCGCCGACCUACGUCCCUCCCCCCCUGGCGCCCCAACAGUACAUGCCCUCUCCACCUGCGAGCACCAUUUCCAACACUCCUCCACCACCACAACCACCACCCGCGAAAAAGAAGAUGAACUGGUCUCCAGAAGUCCGUGACUAUGUCAACCGAUCAUUCGCCCAGGCUUCUGCUAUUCCCGGGAUCACAAAGGAGCAGAUCGAAUCCAAGCUCAAAGAAAUAAUAACAGAGGCUACACAAAGUCGCAAACUGGACACAAUCAACUGGAAAGACCUACCAUUGCCCCAACAAAUGAUUCAAGAUGAACGAAAUCGUGCUCUUCUUGCCCCCAUAUCCCCUCCGUCUUAUGUUCCUGUUAUGUCUUCCGUGGAUGCUGUUACAACAUCAUAUCAAUCUCACCCGGGCACCUCCCGUAAACGCAAGUCUACCGAGCUUUCAACGGAUCCGGAAAUAGCCCCUUCCCAGCCACCUUGGAGAACCAAUGUACAAUAUUCUGGACCGCUGGCAGACCGGAUCUCCGCCUCCACCGAGAAGCGACCCAAGCUCGACAUGAACAGAUCCGUAAGUAAAUCAAAUACGAGCUUGGAAUCUCGCAGACGACGCUUUGAUGAUUCACAUGGCGGGUCAAACUCUCCGCGUACACAAGAAUCAUCUCGAGGAGCCACGCCGGAACCGAAAGCCGCCGGGCCUAUUGUCGGACGCUCCCAAAAGCUGGAGAAGAACUAUUUCAGAUUAACAUCGGCGCCUAAUCCAGAUGACGUACGGCCUUUGGAGGUCCUACGGAAGACUCUGGAAUUGCUCAAGAAAAAGUGGCGCAGCGAGGGCAACUACGUCUAUAUUUGUGACCAGUUCAAAUCACUCCGACAAGACCUAACCGUGCAACAUAUCAAAAACGAAUUCACCACCAGUGUUUACGAAUACCAUGCUCGCAUCGCACUAGAGAAGGGUGACCUGGGUGAGUAUAACCAAUGCCAAACACAGCUUCGGGCGCUGUACAAGCAGAACCUCGGCGGUCACCCUGUGGAGUUUAAGGCCUAUCGUAUCCUCUAUUUUAUCCAUACUUGCAACCAAACUGACAUGAAUGACGUGCUCUCUGAUCUAACCCCUACAGACCAAAAAGAACCCGCGAUUAAGCAUGCACUCGAAGUGCGUUCUGCACUAGCUCUUGGAAACUAUCACAAAUUCUUCAAGUUGUAUCUUACCGUUCCCGACAUGGGAGCGUACUUGAUGGAUAUGUUUGUAGAACGCGAGAGAUUAGCAGCACUCACUUGCCUGUGCAAAGCGUAUAAACCAGAUGUACGUUUGCGCUUUGUCACUGAAGAACUCGGUUUCGAGUCGGACGAAGAAGCCUGUCAAUUCAUCCUUGAUCAUUCGCCGGAAGACUCGCCAAGUUUGCUUGAAGAACGUGAUGGGGAUGUUCGAUUCUUGACCAGCAAGGUCGGUUCCAUCUUCCAAACUGCAAAGACACGAGCAUUCGGACAAGUCGAUAUCAAAGGACAGAUAUAA